AGGUCCAGGAGUAACGAGACCCACACCUUCAUAAUUCGCAUAAACCGUGCCCAUCUCUGAUGACCCACAUUCACCCAUCUUCCAAAGUCGGCCAUCGUCCCUCUCCUAACCUCUCGUACCAUUUCUAUGUAAAAAACCCACCCUCUCCCUUCUCCACUUCAUUACCCCUGUUCACCACUUGUUCACUUCCCCGUAAAAUCUUUCCGACCACUCUCUCAACCGUUUCCCUCUCUGACUCUGGUUUUUUCGGCGAUAUUUUCAGGACUAAAAUGGCGAAAAGCGUGAUCCUUACCUUAAAAGUCCUUUUCCUUUCAAUGGCGGUUGUCUCAACCGCUAUCUUUCUCAAGUUUAGCCUACCUGUUCUCAUGGAGUUUAUGGCCUAUGAGGUUCCCAUCCUCUGUGAUCAAAUCAAAGGCUGGUUGACUCCUCCCUACCUUUACAUAGUCAUAAACUGCAUCAUCAUCACCAUUGCAGCUUCUUCGAGCUUUCAGCAAAAGCCAGAGGAAAACAACCAGGAGCCAUUGCUUGAUCAGAAACGAGCGGAAAUUCGGAAUGAUUAUGGGAUUCCUGCAAUCCAUUCACCGGAGUUUGAGAUCCCGACAGAAAUCAAGCGACCAAGUUUUGAGAUUACAGCUACUAAGAAGAGCUCUAAUGAAGAAGAAGAGGAUUUCUUGUCGAGAGGUGAAUGGUGGCCAACGAGGCGGAGUUUUCCGAUGGUUGAUUCGCUCGAAAAUUCAUGUGUUACAGAGGAGAAGCCGCCGGUUUCAGUGAGGUUCAGUCACCGGAAAAGUGUGAAGGCGAGUCCUGAAGGAGGCAGAGCGGGCCUAGGGGUAUCCCGGCCCAAGCGACACGAGACUCUCGAAAGCACGUGGAAAACCAUUACGGACGGCCGCGCCAUUCCUCUCGCUCGCCACCUCAAGAAAUCUGACACGUGGGAGACACACGGGCGAUCAAGGAUGAACGAUUCAUCGUCACCUCUGAUGAAGAAAUCUGACACGUUCGAUGAGCGCCGGAGUUUGGCCGGAGAAUCUACACCAUCCCCCGGUUCCGGUAAGGGCCUUAGGAAGGACCCUUCGCUUAGUCAGGACGAGCUUAAUAGGAGGGUUGAGGCUUUCAUUAAGAAGUUUAAUGCGGAGAUUAGGCUGCAGAGGAAACAGUCCUUUCAGACUUACAUGGACAUGGUUAAUCCCACUACUAAUAAUUAAGGGUAGGGUUGAUUUUUUUUUCCUUUUUUCUUUCAAUACCUCCUCCUCCCUUUUCCCUUUUUUUUUUUUGCUUUUUUUUUGUGUUUUUUUGGGGAGGAAUUUGGGUGAGCUUGGUUUUAGCAAUGCGUGCGUGCAAUGACAUGUUGCAUACUUUUGGAAUGGGGAAAGGGGUUACUUAUAUAAUUACAUGCUGUAAUGUAAAAAGACAGAUCAAAGGGUUUCUUUGCGUUUCUUUUAUGAAAUUGAUCGGCAAAUCCAUUAA